CGCGCAAUAGCUAUAAAGACGCGUCAUGGUGUCCGGGCUCUCCACAGUCACAGCCUGACCAGCGACCCCUCCACAGCCCAGCUGCGAGUGAUUCCCAGCGAGACGUACUUGAUGACUUCUGCCGAAUUGGACGUGGAGUCUCUCCAGAAGAGCGGCCAGCGGCGCAGAGCCUGCCUGGACGCUUUUCUGGUCGGGUCCGUCAUGCUGCUGUUCGUGGCCGUGUCAGCCCUGACCGCCGGCGGGUUGAUGGUCCUCAAACGGCUGGAGGGCCAGAAGAAGAUCCAGCCCUAUGGUUUUCAGCCGGAGAACCUGAAAGGAGUCACACCCUCUCCAGCUUAUAAGGCAAGCAAAAGUGAGCUGGACAACGCCACCAUGACGUUCGCAGAGGUGGAAUACGGCGCAGGGACGUCCGUCGGAAGCAACUUCGACUGGAACGGGCAUCAGAAUUCCCUGCAGCCCAAAAAGAAGGGGGUGUACUUUGUGUACCUCACCCUCAGCGUCAGCUGCACCCACGAGUGCAACGCGGGCCUCCUCAGGAUGACCGUGGACGAUAUCCUGACCUGCGACGUGGAGCUCGAAGCCAACAAAACCUCGGCCAGCAAGACGUGCUGGACCGUGAGUGGACUGCAGGGUCAGCGCCUGAGCGCCCAGAUGAGGGUCCUGAACGACAAAUUGGGGAACUGGAAACUGGUUCUAAAGGACUCAAGUCUCGGGAUAUUCCUUGUCGACUGA